UCGAGUGAAUGUUUAAAUUACUGAGCAGUAAGCAUAUUGAUACUAUGGGAGAUCAAGAACGUUUGGAGAAAUUGAAAGAGUACAACCAAAUAUUGGACGAAUUGAAAAGUCUUUUCUGGAAGAAAUGGGUAGAGAAAAAGGAACAGAUAGGGAAACUCAAUGAUUUCGAGCGAAUUCGUACUAUCGGUACCGGUGCUUUUGGACGCGUCAUGUUAGUUAAACACAAAAUCACUUCUAUUUUCUAUGCCAUGAAAAUACUUCAGAAAGCUAGGAUCGUGAAGUUGGCGCAGGUAGAGCAUACAUACAAUGAGAAGAAGAUAUUGCAAUGCGUUCAAUUUCCCUUCCUCGUUUUUAUGGAGUUCUUCUUCAUGGAUAAUACUUAUCUUUACCUGGUCUUGCCUUACGUUAAUGGCGGUGAGAUGUUUACGCAUCUCAGAAGAAUGGGAAAAUUCGAUGAAUCUUUGGCACGAUUUUACGCAGCCCAAGUUGCCCUGGCUUUAGAGUAUCUUCAUCACUGUAGUUUAAUAUAUCGUGAUUUGAAGCCAGAAAAUAUAUUGAUCCAAGAUACGGGUUACAUUCGUGUCACCGAUUUCGGUUUUUGUAAGAUGGUCGAGGGUAGAACAUGGACGCUAUGUGGUACACCGGAUUACAUCGCACCAGAAGUGAUCCUUUCAAAGGGUUACAGUCAAGCUGUCGAUUGGUGGAGCUUCGGUGUGCUGUUAUACGAAAUGAAUGCUGGAUACCCGCCAUUCUAUGCAAACGAUCCGAUGAAGAUUUACGAGAAGAUUGUUUCUGGUAAAUAUAAGCAUGCCCAACACUUUGGCGCGGAUCUAAGAGACAUCGUGAAGAACACGCUGCAGGUAGAUCUCUCUAAAAGAUAUGGAAACUUAAAAAACGGAACGAAGGACAUAAAGAUGCAUCGAUGGUUUCAAACAACCGAUUGGAAUCAAAUUUAUUAUCAGAAAAUACAACCAUCGUUCAUACCAAAAUGUGAACAUCCCGGAGACACGAGUAAUUUCAAUGUUUAUAACGAAGAACCUAUACAGGUCGACAUCAUUGAUCAUCAUGCUAAAGAAUUUGCGAACUUCUGACAAUCGUUAAUCUUAGAUGUAGUUAUUAAUUGCUUUAUAGUAUCUACCGAUUACAUAGAUAUACUUUUAUGAUUCUACGUAAUCAUGAAGAUUAAAAAAAAAAAAAAGAGAAAAGGAAUAUAAGAUUAGAAUCGUUUGUGGAUUUACCUUUUAAUUGUUGAAAAUAUCGAUUCAGUGCAUCGUGACAACCUAAAACGCAAUACAAUUCCUUCGGUGGUAGCAAUUCUUGCGUUCCAUUCUGCAAUAAUAAAGAUUAUACAUGCAUGAUUGUAUUUAAUAAAAGAAUUUAUGAUCA